GCUUGCCAGCACUCUGUGCCAAAAAGGAGGAUUUAUACCGGAUCCAUCUCCUCUUUGUCGUUAUUUCUUAUGUUUAUACUCGGAUGCCUCGAGAGUCCUCACAUUGCAUCUGCAACCCUUCAUCAGGGUGCUCAUGUAAACAACGAACCUGCACUUCUGCUUGAAUCACUGCGGCUUCCUCACAACACAGAAUAUGAGAUUGUUGCCCCGUACGAGGUGGACCAUCAAGGGCGUUACAUCUCUCAUGCUGUGGCCCACCACCACCGCAGGAAGCGCUCUACAGAUGGCCAAGGUCAUGACCUCAGCUCGAGUGUCCACUUCAAACUCCAUGGAUUAGGGCAAGACUUCCACCUGGACCUGCAGCCGUCACGUGACCUGAUCGCACCCAGCUUUACUAUACAAACCUUGGGCAGGGGUGGCACCAAGAGCCUGCAGUCUUUUCCUAGAGAUGACCUCUGCUUCUACCAUGGGGUGCUGAGGUCAAAGGGCAACUCAUCGGUGGCCCUGUCGACAUGUGCGGGGAUGUCAGGUUUGAUCAGAACCCAAGAUGCUGAUUACUUUCUGAAGCCACUGCACCCACAUCAAGUACUGCUGGAGAACUUCUCGGCUCCAUCUGACCACCAUCCUCACAUCCUAUACAAGAGAUGCAUACUGCCACAGACAGAUGCCCAGAGAAUCAUAGGGAGAAACAAAAGGUCUUCUGAGCCAAAGACUGCCAGCAGCAGAGCUCCAGGAUUCCCACACAUUUGGAGAACCAUCAGACGAGAUGAAACAUCCACACACAAACAGAUGAAUCCAGAGGAGUACAAGCAUAUGCCACAAAGUCACGAUGAACACACCUAUGGCAUACGCCAGAGGCAGCACUUCUGUGGACGACGGAAGAAAUAUAUGCCUAAACCACCUGAGGAGGAUAUCUAUAUUUUUCCAGAUGAAUACAAGUUUAUGCCCAGAGGGAAACGUGCCAUCGUGUUCAAACCUCAGCCACACCAGAGACUGAAUGUGGAGACCUUGGUGGUGGUUGACCGCAAGAUGAUGGAGAAUCAUGGUCAUGAGAAUGUAACCACAUAUGUCCUUACUGUUCUAAACAUGGUCUCAACUCUUUUCAAAGAUGGAACAAUUGGAGGUGACAUCAACAUUGUAAUUGUUGGACUAAUACUUUUGGAUGAAGACCAGGAUGGACUGGUGAUUAACCACCAUGCUGACCACACUCUGAACAGUUUCUGUCAAUGGCAGUCAGGUUUGGCAGGGCGAGAAGGUCGUCAUCAUGAUCAUGCCAUCCUUCUCACUGGUCUGGAUAUCUGCUCCUGGAAGAAUGAACCAUGUGAUACUCUAGGUUUUGCUCCUAUCAGUGGAAUGUGUAGUAAGUACAGGAGCUGCACUAUCAAUGAAGACACAGGUCUUGGUCUAGCCUUUACCAUCGCCCAUGAAUCUGGACACAACUUUGGAAUGGUCCAUGAUGGGGAAGGCAAUGUGUGUAAGAAGUCAGUAGGAAACAUCAUGUCUCCCACAUUGGCUGGACACAAUGGUUUAUUCUCCUGGUCCUCCUGUAGCCGACAGUAUCUAAGCAGGUUUUUAAGUACCGCCCAGGCCACCUGUCUGUCUGAUGAGCCCAGUGCCAUACAAGAGUACAAAUACCCAGAGAAACUUCCUGGAGAGCUGUAUGAUGCCGACACCCAGUGCAAGUGGCAGUUUGGAGAGAAAGCCAAACUAUGCACUCUGGACUUCAAGAAGGACAUCUGCAAAGCCCUGUGGUGCCACCGGAUCGGAAGAAAAUGUGAGACCAAGUUCAUGCCAGCUGCCGAGGGUUCCACCUGUGGUCCAGAGAUGUGGUGUCGCCGUGGUCAGUGUGUAAAGCAAGGUGAUGAAGGUCCGAAGCUGGUGCAUGGUCAGUGGUCAUCCUGGUCUGGGUGGUCCAGCUGCUCUAGAAGCUGUGAGAGUGGAGUGACCUACAAAGAGAGACACUGCAACAACCCAAGGCCAAUGUAUGGUGGCAGGUUUUGCGGGGGCUCAUCCCGCUCUUAUAAACUGUGUAACACUGAUGACUGUCCUAACAACACUGUAGACUUCAGGGCUGUCCAGUGUGCUGAGUUCAACAGCAAGCCCUUCCGUGAAUGGUACUACAAGUGGAAGCCCUACACACAAGUGGACGAUCAAGAUGUGUGUAAGCUCUACUGCUUCGCUGAAGGGUAUGACUUCUUUUUUGCCCUCUCCAGUAAAGUCAGGGAUGGGACGCUGUGCACACAGGACAGCUCUAAUGUCUGCAUUGACGGCACUUGUGAGAGGGUGGGCUGUGACAGGGUGCUGGGUUCCACUGCUGUGCUGGAUAUGUGUGGUGUCUGCAAAGGCGAUAACUCCACUUGCAAGAUCUACAAAGGACAAUACACCAAACAACAUUAUAUGAGCCAGUAUUAUCGGGUGGUCACCAUUCCAGCUGGAGCACGAAGUAUUCGUGUGGUGGAGCUCAACUCUUCCAGUUCCUACCUGGCCUUGAGGAGUCUGCAGAGGAAGUACUUCCUUAAUGGCCGCUGGACAGUGGAUUGGCCUGGGCGACACUCCAUUGCCGGUGCUGUGUUUGACUACAAGAGGCCCUACAAUCGUCCAGAGAGUCUUUUCUCCACUGGACCCACAAUUGACACUCUGGUGGUUGAGGUUCUUCUGCAGGGCUGGAAUCCAGGCAUUCAGUGGGAGUAUACUCUGGCCAAGGAAGAUACAGAGAGGCGAAACCAACCAAAACACAGCUACACCUGGGCCAUCAUUCGAGCUCCAUGCUCAGCCACCUGUGCAGGAGGUCAGAUGGUCACUAAAUCAGCAUGUUACAAGGAUUUAAGGGUUCAGGUGAAUUCAUCUUACUGUAACUCACGCUCUCGGCCCUCCAAUGGUGCGGUGUCCUGCAAUACACAGCCUUGUCCCCCAAGCUGGAAUGUGGGGGACUGGGGUGUGUGCAGUCGCAGCUGUGGAUCUGGAGAGCAGAUCAGACAGGUAGAGUGUCUCCAGAAAACAGGCCCUGAUCAGACGGACACCAUUACCGACAACCAGUGUUCAAAGCCACCUCCAUCAGUCAGACAAACCUGCAACACUCACAACUGCCCACCAGUCUGGACUGCUGGACCCUGGUCUCAGUGUUCUCAUAAAUGUGGGAAGGGUGUAAUGAAGAGGACGGUGGCGUGUGUCAGCAGUGACUCUUAUUACCGUGUGCUGUCGGACACUUCCUGUGCUUCUCUUCCAAAACCCAUCAGCCAAGAGACCUGCAUGAUCAAACGCUGCCACAAACAGCGCAAGGCCCAGUGGUUCGUCUCCACCUGGCAACCGUGUUCAGUGUCCUGUGGUAAAGGGGUUCAGGUGCAUGUUGUGAAGUGUGCAGAAAAGGAUGUGGCUGGGAAAUACAGAGAGUUGUCAACCAAAAAGUGUCAGCAUGUUCCUAAGCCCUCCCAGGAGCUCCAGAGGACCUGUGUCCUGUCAGACUGUCCCAUCCAUUCUCCAUACAGCAGACCAGACUGGUACUCAUCUCCAUGGUCCCAGUGUACAGUAUCAUGCGGAGGGGGAGUUCAGGUGCGCUCAGUGCAGUGUCUCGACCAUGGCCGUCCCUCCUCUGGGUGUGUCUUACAGCUGAAGCCGGCAAUGUCCCAGGCCUGCAACACUGUCUUCUGCCUGCAACCAGAGAAGAAAGAUUUGAUCUGUAAAGAUCAUUUCAACUGGUGUUAUCUGGUGCCACAGCAUGGAGUAUGUAGCCACAAGUUUUACGGGAAGCAAUGCUGCCAGUCCUGCUCUCAUACAAACUCGUGAGAAUUUUCUACUUUAGACGUUUAACCUUGAACAUCUGAGGCUGAAGCCUUCAAAAGGCCAGAUGGAUGCUUGACCUGAUAUUGCAUUGAAAUCGCUUGUGUACUCAACACAAAGACAUCAUUUUGGACUUAGAGUAGCUUGUUUUCCUGGACUUUAGUGGAGAAGAGCACUCCAUGUAGAGACUGGCAAGAUUCCAUGCAGAGACUGCAAUUGUGUCUCUCUCCAGCAGGAAAUGACUUCACCGACGAAGCCUCCUUGAGGUGAUACUGAGUUUCACAGAGCUCCAAAUGGACAUGAGGCAGAAAUAUCCUGUGAAAUGCUCUGUGUCCUGGUGCUAGCCGAAUAUAGACUUUUUAAUCUGUGUGGCUAAAUGUGCUCCAUAUGGCUAUGUGUUACAGUAUGUAUAAUAAGAACUCAACAUUGUGAAGAGGUUUUUCAUGAACAAUAAUAAUAAUAAUAAUAGCCUCAAUCUCCAAAUAAACAGGCUUUUAAAGUGUCAAAGUGUCAGCCAAUCACGGUCAGCAGGGAGAAUGGUUUCAUGUUGUGACAUUCAUUUUCGGUGCUAUAUGUUCAUUGGAAAGGGACAGUUCAUCCAAAAAUGAAAAUUCUAUAAUUAGUUACCCACCCUCAUGUCAUUCAAAUGAGAAACAAUAGCAUCCUUGGCAUCACACAUGGCAUCCCAAUGUCUUGACUCUCCAAAUUUGAAUAAACAGUAUGCUAAUGUGAAUAAGAUUUGAGUUGCAGCAGAAUAGAAGGUUAUCAGUGAAAAAUGACUUAAAUUUAACUAUUAUCCUCAUGCAAAGCUGUGACUUCAGAAGACUUGGAAUAUACCACAUAAGAUGCAUGGAAAUGUUUAAGGUACUUUUUUUUCUCCCCUUUUCUCCCCAAUUUGGAAUGCCCAAAUCCCAAUGCACUCUAAGUCCUCGUGGUGGCAUAGUGACUCGCCUCAAUCCAGGGGUCGGAGGACGAAUCUCAGUUGCCUCCGCGUCUGAGACCGUCAAUCCGUGCAUCUUGUCAUGUGGCUUGUUGAGCGUGUUACUGCAGAGUAUGUCUGUAGUACGCGUGGAGGCUUCAUGCCAUCACUGCUGCAUCCACGCACAACUCACGACGUGCCCCACUGAGAGCGAACCACAUUAUAGCGACCACGAGGAGGUUACCUCAUGUGACUCUACCGUCCCUAGCAACUGGGCCAAUUUGGUUGCUUAGGAGAACUAGCUGGAGUCACACAGCACUCACUGAGUACACCACACUACUCACUGAGCUACCCUGACCCCCUAUGGUACUUGUUUUAGCAUUUUUGGAGCUUGACGGCCUCUGGUCACUAUUCACUUUCAUUGAAUGGAAAAGAGCAGUGACAACAUUCUGCUAAAGUUGUUUUAUUUUCCACAGAAGAAAGAAAAUCAUACAGGUUUGUAGUGACAUGAGGGUGAGUAAAUGAUGACAGAAUUAAUGUUUUGGUUAAACUGUUUCUUUAAUGGCAACAGAUGCAUAACAGGGGUUUUAAACUAACGUGAAUAUUAAUCAGUGCAUUUGUAUGAUUGAUAUUAAUUCUCUUAUUUAUUAACAAUACUGGAAUAUAUCAGAAUGAUAUUCUGCUGUAAUAUUUUGCUAUUUGACUUUAAUGUUCUUGUCAGUCUGUGUUUAUAACCUCGGGUAUAGUUGCACGAUUUGUUAUUUUAUUGUAUUUUUUUAUUUUGCAUAUCUAUUCAGGGUUUCAUUAUUUUUGAAGAAAACAAAAAGCCAGUUCAACUAAUAGCCAUGUGUUUAAUGACGUGUAAAAAGAGUCACAUUUAACAAACUCAGCUCUUUUUGUUGGAUUUUGUUAAAUAAAAUUUAGCAAC